CUACAGUCAGAUGUAGGAGCUGGAAUUCUAUUUGCAUUGGCUGCUAUACUACCGGAUGAUUCACCCAGUAUGCAGUGAUGUAAACGGAAUGUCCGAUGGAGAUCCACCGGCGAGUUAGGCAGGCGGUAAGGGAAGGAAAUGGGGCGCUAAGAGGCGCCGCACUGCAACCGACCUUUCAAGUCCAGGUCAACUCAUUUUGCAAACUGCUAAGCAUCCCGUCGCUUUCCCUCUCUUUUCCUCUUUCCUAUCCAGCUGCUAGCUACCCACCUAACACCUUCUUAUCCCAUUCUACUCUCGACUAUUCACCAUUCAUCGGAUUUUUCCUGUUGAUUACCCUCUCCCCAUCGAUUCUCAACGUGUUCAGUUCCUUUCGACUAUCUUCCCUCUUUCCGCCUUGUUCGCAAAUUUGACCUGAUUGGAAAUCGCACAAGAAUCUUCCUCUAUUUCCUUCUUGCACCACUACGACGCAAACGCUUGUAACGCAGACGUUCUCCUUUACUUUCAUUUUAUUGCAUCUAUAAGGGUCUAUUGGUUUUCUUUCUAGCAUUGUGAGAAUUGCCCUUCCCCGCUC